CAAACUAUAACAACAUAGUUUACGUUCUGGAUAUACUCACAGUUUCAUGAUGAUCAAGUUCUAAUUAAUGAAAUAUUACACGAAGAGGAACAGCAACAGUACAUCGUCAUUCUAGUGUAGCAGGACAGGAAUCUAAUUCAAACAACGUGCAGAUAUCUACGGAUAGAUGUGCCAUUGCUAUGGAAAUUAGAACAAACGGUAUGGAUAGUAGAAACGAUGCAGUAGAAUCUCAAGUAUCUGAGAUUAUGAAUGGUAACACACCUAGUCAGUCCCCGGACUACGACAUCCUCGCUGAACGACUUGCAUCGCUUGGAGUCUCCACAGAUGCUUCUAUGUCCGAAGAUUGGGAUUUUGAUUUGGAACUUCAAGACUUCUCAGAUGACAGUGAAUCUGAAUAUACAUUUGAUGAAGAAGACGAAGUGAAUGAGAGAGGCACUGACUCCAAUGAAAGGUCCCCUGAAAAUGUUGCCACUGUCAAUACGAACGAUGAAAAGAAGGGAGCACAUGGCACCAUGGAUCUUGUCCCUCUAGAGGAUGAUGGAGAAGAGAUUGACAGUGAGGAAGAGAGAGACCUCCUGAAGGAAAUAAGAGAAGAAAUCCAGAAUAAAGUAAAAGAAGAAAUGAAGGAAGAGCUCCAGAUGUACAAGGCCAAGCUCAAGGCCAUCGAAGGCGGCCGGUUGCCGGGAGACCAGGAGAGGGAGGACCAGAAGAAGGAGGAGGAGGAGGAGGAGGAGGAGAAUCUGGACCCCAAGAUAAAGGAAGCACUGAUGAAGAUGAGGAAGCUGGAUCGGAUUCUGAACAAGAAACUGAAGCGCGAGAGGGAGGUGAAGAGAGACAGAAUCCUCUUGGAGAGAAGGAUCCGAGAAGAAAUACAAAACUUGAAACCAGAAGGGCGUGAACACAAAGAUGUGAAGGUGAACACAGAGAGGUUUGUGGCUCUAGCUCUGCCCUCGAGUCACAAUGAAGGUGUGCCAGUGGAGACAGAACCCGCCACCCCCGUGUUUCAAACUCAGCUGAACGAGAAUGAGUUUCAGGAGAUGAAAGACAAGGCAAGAAGGAACGCAAGACCUAAUGGAGACAUGGCUGGAUCAGAGACAUCGUCAGUGGCUGGAGAUUCCUCAAGUCAACUUGGCCAGGAUGGAAAGAAAAGCAAGAGAAAAAAGAAGAGGAAAGAUUUCAUAAAAAGGAAUAAAGAAUUGGCUGCUAAUGCUGACGAGAUGAUUGCUAUGACGGAGGAGGAGAGGGAGAGAGUGGGGGCAUUGCUGACUGACCUGGACUCGCUGCCUGACCUCCCCGAGGAAUUAGACAGCAUGAGAGAGGAUCCAAGUGGAGGCAACCCAUUCCAGAUGCUUCCCCUGAGACCAGGCGAGGGCUACUGUGGGGACGAGGGGGAGGUGAAGUCGAUGGCCCAGAUCGAUGGACAACUCAAGGGGCUCCUACCUGAGGAGGAGUUCAACUCGUUAGUGUGUGGCACACCUUUCAGCACUGCCCGAGAACCACAGCACAAAUUGUUCACUCGUGUGGACAUUAGAUCUGUUGGUGAAAUAGAGCGCUAUGGUGAACGAGCUCUCAUAGAAACCAAAGAACAGAGAGAAAUGCAGGCCAGGUUACAGAGGAUAGAAGAAGAUCUAGCCAGAUUCAAAAACCCUGAAGAAAUGGAGAUUGAGACGCCAAGGUUAUCGGAUGAUGCAUUGAAAGGCCUGAUAGACCAGUGUGUUCGGUCUUUGUCUCGCUCAUCGUAUGCUGACGACAUGUCUGUCAACGAGUCAACACCAAGGUCGGAAGUAUCGUCAGUGGUGAGCGUCCUGCAAAACCCCCCACACCUAACGGACGAGGUUCUGCAGAGGCUGCUGGCGGAGGCUCACUUCCCACUCAGCUCCCACCUGGAGGCUCUCCAGGAGGACGAGGAUGGAGAGGAGGAUACAGAGGAGGAGGAGAUGGAGGAGAGGAGAGAAGGUGGCAGGGAAGCAGGUACAUGGACAAGACAAAUCCGUGCCGAGACCUGGAAAGCAAUAGCAGAGUCAGAUAUUUAUGAAAACGGACAUGAGGAUGACCUGGAUAUAGAGUCUGUUUCCCGAACCUCCUCGAGGAGCACACUUAGAUCAAGUGCUGUGCUGGAGAGACAGAGUUCAGACAUGUCAAGGUUCAGUAAUUUUUCUGAACCUGAAGAAAAGCGGCUCAUUUUGCCAGAAAUUAGCCAAAGCCCUUAUCUUGUGAGCCAGGGUUUGAACAAUCAGGUGUCCAAAAAUGAAACGCAUUAUCGUCGAAACCAUGACCGACCACUGAGCAGAGAUAGUAUUGACAUUGUGAGGAAUAAUUUGAACGGUGAUGAUUAUGUAAUGGACAGAGAUACUGAGGGAAUGAUUGUACCUCGACCACCAAGUAGUGACCGCCGGUCAAAUACUGACCUCUCCUCAAGCAAAUGUCGGACGGUGACCCCUCUGCUGCAGUCAUGAUGGAGCAUUUGUGUAUGUUAUAGAGCCAGUGAUUGUAUGUGUGUGUCUUACAGUCAUAAAUAUUACUGGAUAGUAAACUGGCUUCUCUUCAGGAUUGACCAGUUGCUCUUCAGGAUUGACUGGCUGCCCUUCAGGAUUGACCAGUUGCUCUUCAGGAUUGACUGGCUGCCCUUCAGGAUUGACCAGUUGCUCUUCAGGAUUGACUGGCUGUUCUUUAGGAAUGACCAGUUGCUCUUCAGGAUUGACUGGCUGCCCUUCAGUGUUGACUGGCUGCCCUUCAGGAAUGACUAGUUGCCCUUCAGGAUUGACUUGUUGCUCUUCAGGAUUGACUGGCUGCCCCUCGGGAUUGACUGGCUGCCCUUCAGGAUUGACUGGUUGCUCUUCAACAUAUUGAAGUUGUGUUUUAACAUAGACUUUUUAUAGAUUGACUGACUGGCUGCCCUUCAGGAAUGACUGGCUGCCCUUCAGGAAUGACUAGUUGCCCUUCAGGAUUGACUGGCUGUUCUUUAGGGUUGACUGGCUGCCCUGCAGGAUUGACUGGCUGCCCUUCAGGAUUGACCAGUUGCCCUUCAGGAUUGACUGGCUGUUCUUUAGGGUUGACUGGCUGCCCUUCAGGAUUGACUGGCUGCCUUUCAGGAUUGACCAGUUGCCCUUCAGGAUUGACUAGUUGCCUUUCAGGAUUGACUAGUUGCCUUUCAGGAUUGACCAGUUGCCCUUCAGGAUUGACCAGUUGCCCUUCAGGAUUGACUGGCUGCCCUUCAGGAUUGACUAGUUGCUCUUCAGGAUUGACUGGUUGCCCUUCAGGAUUGACUGGUUGCCCUUCAGGAUUGACUGUUGCCCUUCAGGAUUGACUGGUUGCCCUUCAGGAUUGACUGUUUGCUCUUCAGGAUUGACUGGCUGCUCUUCAGGAUUGACUGGUUGCCCUUCAGGAUUGACUUGUUGCUCUUCAGGAUUGACUGGCUGCCCCUCGGGAUUGACUGGCUGCCCUUCAGGAUUGACUGGUUGCUCUUCAACAUAUUGAAGUUGUGUUUUAACAUAGACUUUUUAUAGAUUGACUGACUGGUUGCACUUCAAGACAAAGUGGUUGCUCCUCAAAAUGGACUUAAUGCUCAAUGUAAAAUCAGUUGUUUGUCUGUUGUUAUUUCCGUGUGUAUUGUGAUAUGUUUCGUGGAAGUGUAACCGAUGGUAUGAUCACCAAACAUCUCACAAAACCCAAGCAACAAACAUGGUGGCCCUGGGAUCAGUUUGGUUCUUGUAUUCUGGAACAUUACAUACAGCAUUUACAAACAUGAAUCCUUCCAAUGAUCCUACAGGACCACAAUACAGGAGGCAGAUCUUGUUAUAUUGAUGAUGAUACAAACUUUACAUACAUCAGUAUUCAUGUUUAAUGCUUCUGUCAGUAUUCUUCAUAUUGUACAUAAAAACAUAUUGUUUCACAUCGAAAUGAUUUCAUGUUCAAUGUCACAUUUCCGCCCGUAGUUAAUAUGAAAAUGACACAUAUGUCUUACCAAAUUACUAUCAUCAUCAUCAUUGUUCAUCAUCAGAGUUUCUAGGGCCUUGGUCUGACCCACACUGGUGCACAUGUUGUGUCUCCUGAGUAGGGCUGGGACGGGUAACUCGGGUACUCGGGUCGGGUGGGUAUGAGUAGGACCCGGGUACCCACAGGACUACUGGACCCGUGGUUAGUCACAUGAUAUAUUGUUUUAUGACAAAAAGUAUCUAAAACUCUAUGUUUUAACUACAAGUCACUAAUGUUUGCAAUUUUUCCUGACUACUUCGCCGAUUCCUUCUGACUUUUAUAUGUUUGAAUAGAAAUAAGACUUCAGUCAACUUCAGUGUAUACACCAGAUCGUUUCAUACAUGUAUCUAAACACAUUUUACCAGAGCUAUGGUCAAACUUUUCCCAAUCGGACAGUUUGUACCAACCUCUUGAUACCUACAGCGGGUACCCGGGAAGUAAAUUUAGACUCGUCCCGGCCCUACAGCAAGCAACUUUGUUUAAAAUAUGCCUUGAAUGGGUACCUGGUAGGAUGAGAUUGUAAUAUGACUGUUAACCUUGUGCCUCAUAUGGCAAAUUGGGUUGUAUACUCCCUAGGGAGCUGAGAAUGAACUUUUUUUAAAUAUGCCCCUCUUCACCCAGCAGUGAAUGGGUACCCGGUAGGAUGAGAUUGAAAUGUGACUGUUAACCUUGCACCUCAUAUGGCAGCUUGGGUUGUAUACUCCCCAGGGAGCUGAGUAUAAAAUUCGAGUGCACACUGGUCCAUUGACUGGGGGUAAUAAUAAGACGCAUUAAGCAUGCUUGAGGGUGUGGAUUUGGUUUUGUAAAUAUAAUCAUAUGCACAUUAUUAAUAUUAAAUGUUGAAUAUCAGAUUUAUGGUGGUUAUACAUGAUGAUGCAUUGAAUCAUACCCUUGUUUUUAAUUAUGUUGAUUACAAUGUAAUCUAUCAAAUGACAGUUAUCAAAAAUAAAUUAUCACUGCUU